AAGGUUUGCCUGCAACCCUUGGUCAUGCAGAAACGCUCAGGGUUGCAGCAGAAACAGUCCCCGUCUUUUUUCUUUCCAUAUUUAUAAACGCAUCAUAUCCCAUUGAUAUUAUUUCUGAGGUUAAAGUUCUUUGAGGCCAGUUGCAUGCAUUGUUCGUCUCCAAAAAUGGUUUGCGAGACUAAAAUUGUUGCGGAUGAACACGAUGCCAUACAAGGGACCAAAAAAGAUUCUAUUAUCGUUUCCUCCUCGCAAAUGUGGACUUCUUCCGCACCGGCACCGAAUCCUAUCGAGGAAAAUGAUGUGAGGAAAGAUACGGUUUUUAUCCGUGAGUUUGAGCGCACGGACCAUGUGGAGGUGCGCCGUAUCUUUUAUGAGGGGAUCAUGGAGAGGAUACCCAACACCGCAUUCAGAGGCAUAUUACAGCAAAGUCAAACCCAAUUCUUAUAUGUUCUUCUGACACUAAUGUGCUUUGUUGUGAGCAAAUCCCUCACGCUGACCUGCUGUGCGCCGUUCGUUCUCAUGGCCGCGCGCUACUUCUACAGCAGCAAAGUUAUCCACAACUAUCUGGCCUGCGCGCUCCGAACAGACAUGGCGGACAUCGAGGAGUAUUACAUGAAACCCACAGGCUCGUGUUUCUGGGUGGCAGUGCUGGAGGGUCAGGUGGUCGGCAUCGUGGCGGCGCAGGGCCGGGAGGACGAUAACACGGUGGAGCUGCGCCGCAUGUCGGUGGACUCGCGCUUCCGCGGCAAGGGCAUCGCCAAGGUGCUGGGGCGCCGCGUGCUGGAGUUCGCCGUGCACAACAACUACGCCGCAGUUGUCCUGGGAACCACCGCCGUCAAAAUGGCCGCCCACAAGCUGUACGAGUCACUGGGCUUCCGGCGGACGGGCGGGAGCGAGGACUACAUGCUGCCUGGCAUGAGCGGCUCGCCGCUAGAGAGGCUCUUCUUUCAGAUCCGUUACCAGCGUUACCGCCUGCAGCUCCGCGAGGAGUGAGGGGUGAGAGAGGGAGAGAGGGAUGGAAAGAGAGAGCAACGACACCUCCUCCUCGAAGCAGAGCCCCUCGCCCAACGAGCCUCGACCAAGUCCCCGAUCGAUCUUAUACUCCUCUGACAACUUUAUUUUGUAUCAGUUGCAUCUUCUUACUACUUACCACUACUAUGUCUAUUCAUUAUUUCUAAGUCACUAACUUAUGGGUUUUUGUUUUACAUUUUAGAUUUAGUGUUUUACCCCCCCCCCCCCGCCUUUGAGUAAAUUAUUUUUGUUUUGCCUAUUUUCCCGUCCUUUCCUGUUGUAAGAAAAAAUAAGCCCUAACAUAUAUCACCGUCCCAUGCCUAUUCAAAUGACAUCAUCAAUUGAGUGUUCCCGUUGCUUUUGAUAAAAAUUUGAUUGCAAUCAGUUUUUCGAUCAUCAUGACAAAAUCCACCCCCCCCCCCUUCCUUCCACCCUCACCCUUCUCAUUAAUACCAGAAUCCCCUCCCACCCCCUCCAGAACACCAAUCAGAGGCUUAAUCAAGAGAGUUGCGUAACAUUCCGAUAGAAAUAUAUCAUGUAGAACAGACAUUGUCCUUUGCCAUGGAAAACAGGCAUUCGUGUCCGCCCUAUACAUGGCAUUUCUAUCUGAAGAAUUUCUAUCUCAAACGCACCCUGUCUCUCGUUAGCCCGCCUAAGCCCUCUCCAUUGUCACAACAACGUUUGUGCCCAAAAAGACCUGGACAAAAAGACAAAGUAGGUUGGCAUUUCUCCAGCACAGCCCAUAUUGAAGCACAGCAAGGGUCAUCAAGUGUACUGUACCAGCCCUGUGGAGAGACAGGAGGAACAGGCAGGAUGCGUACUGUGGAAUCCACACUGUGGAUCCUGUAUAGGCAGGAAAACAAACACAAACAGGCUUGCGUCCCAAAUGGUACCCCAUUCCCUAUAUAUUGCACUACUUUUAACGAAGGCCCAUAGGGCUCUGGCCAAAAGUAGUACACUGUGUAAGAAAUGGGGUGUGAUUUUAGAUGCAGACACAGUGCAUUUUCUGUUUCCUAAACCCUCCUGCUUUCUGCUUUCACUAUUUCCUCCAUCUUUGGUCAUGUUCUCUUCCCCUCAUUCAACACAGUGUCAGAAUCUAAUUCUAUGAUUCCAUUCCACCUGCAUGGGAACUAUGAAGAGGGUCUCUGAUUGGUUGGGAAGACGAGAGGGUAGUUCAGGCCAGGGGUACGUACCCAUGCAGGGUGAAUACUGUGUCAAUGUUAAUCAUAUUACUAAUUUAAUCAUGGGUUUUUCUAAUGAGUAAAUUAUCUAAUCUAAUGAAACAUUGAGUGUUAUUGAGUUUUAUGUGUAAUUAUCAAUUGUUUACUAAUUUAAUCAAGAUAAAUUUGAACAGUUUGAAUAUGUUUGGUAUUUGAUUGAGAAAUUAGAUUUUGUUUUUAAAUUAUUCACAACAUUUGAUGGAAGCAUUGCUACUUUGUAGUAUGCACAUUUUAUGGAUACUCCUACAUGUACAUAGUAACCGCAAUCUAGUAUAUAUUUAAACCAGGUUAUUGGGGGAAACUACUUGGGUAGACCUAAUACAUUAUUCAAAAUAUUUGCGGACUUACAGUACAUAGCUGGCUUAACAAAAUGUUUCUAAGCACAAAUUUUUCAAUUUGAAUUUAGACACACUACUAUAUCCAAUUUACAGGUAUAUUUAAAUCCUUCUGUGUAUGUGUUAAUGUGUAUACAGUUGGAAUACUCUAUACAGUAUGUAGCUGACAAACCCAAAAUACGUCCCUCUCCCUCCCCGUCAUAAAGAUAACCACUCUCUCCAUUUCCAUCCUCCUAUCAGAGACAGAACCAGCAGAGGGAGAGAUACAACCUCUAUGAGCCCAAGAGUUUGUGUCACACUUGUACAAAAAUUAAGAAAUGAAAAGUUAAAAAAAAUAUCAUUAAAAAAAACAUAGAUUUAAAAAAAAUCAACAAAAAGAUGUCAUGAAUUGUGCUGAUCCUCCUUGCCUUGACUUCUAUUCCCCCUUCUGACCCCCCCAUUCAUAAGUCUGACUGCAACCCUGGGCCAGACCCUCCCACCCCCUCCACUCUCUUCUACCCACUCCCCACCCCAUCUCUGCAUGCGCCACAGUCUUGCUGCGCUGCUUUUAUUCCACCCCCCCCCCAAAAAAAACGCCCCUAUUGUGAUGUCAUCAAAACAGUCUGACCGCCCCCUGCAGCGAUGGUGGAGGAUGCAUAGGUGUGUGUGUUGAAUUUGUGUUUGUGUGUGUUGAGUGUCUGGUUGAGUGUUUGUGUGUUGAGCGUGUAUGUGUUUGUGGAUGUAUAUAUGUGUGUGUUGAGUUUGUGUGUGUGGAGGUAGGGUGGAUGAAGAGGUGCAUUAAACCCACUCACCGCAGCGCAGCACUGCCUUGAUGACAUCAAGCCUGCCAACUGUAAAAUGCAAAAGCAAUGCAAGUGUGGCAUGCCUCUGUUCCUGGUGUGUGCGUAUAUAUACGUACGGUGCCUGCCCUGGAAAAAUAAUCGGAAAACGACAUAAAAAAAAUUUAGAUAUUUUUUAGCUGAACAUAUAAACAAAAAUGUGUGUUUCUUUGUCAGAUUAAAAAAAAUAACAUUUUUUUUUGCAUGAGAUGUGUCUUUGAAUGAAAAUGUCUUAGAGGAUACAUUGUACCACAUGGCAAGCAGUGGGAGAAAAAAAAACGUUUUCAUUUUUGUAUUAAGUUGAUAUUAUCAAUUGACUCUUUUUAUCAAGGGAGUGGGGAUAUCAUGCACAGUGAGAAGAAUCCUAUGGAGACGUGACAAUGUCAUAGUUUGUCCUUGUGUCGUUUUGACAAACGUCAAAUAAAGCAGUGAGAUCAUGUUGAUGUAUCAGAUGUUGGGUCAUUCGACUAACUGUCUGCUGUAUUAUCAGAGGACUUCUCACUGUUCUGACACCCCCCUCUAACUCAUUCAACCAUGUGAAUUGAGAUGUGGAGGGCACAAAAAAUUGAACCAGUUAGCCCAAAUGUUUUCUCCUUCUCCAAUUUCACCUGGUCAUAAGUAGUGCACUAUAUAGGGAAUAGUGCCAUUCGGAAUAGUGUGCCGUUUGGGACGCACAUUAUGAUCUAAAUGAUGACGCACCUUAUGAUCUAAAUUAUGAUCAAUGCCCCCAUCUGAAAAAUUCAGAACAGACCUGGGUAUAGUAUUUUGACCUGGAUCCACUAGAAUGUAGGAGGCAGAGGUUAAAUGGUGAGGCUAUAAGAGCGUACUUACUAGGAAUGUAUGCCAGAGGAGGCUGGUGGGGGGAGCUGAAGGAGGACAGGCUCAUUUUAAUGGCUGGAAUGGAAUAAAUGGAACGGAGUCAAACGUGUGGUUCCCAUAUGUUUGAUACCGUUCCAAUAAUUCCAUUCCAGCCAUUACAAGAGCCCUUCCUCCUUAGCUCCUCCCACCAGCCUCCUCUGGUGUUCACUACAAGUGUACACUACGUAGUAGUGUAGUAAGUGGACUCAUGUCUGUUAAAAGAUGAAUGUGAAGUCUUAUCAAACUGAGCCAUGAAUGCUGCUGUCGCCAUUUCAAUAAUAAUAUACCCUCUUGUUAAGCAUUGUGGGAGAUCUCAGCCUAGGCUACUAUUUGUGUUCUUGAUAAAUUACGUAAUAUUAUAGCAAGACUCCGCAAAAGCCUUAUAUACUGUAAUAAUUACAUGCUGACAUUCAAAUAUCCCACCAACAAUCUAUAUGGCUUAAGGUAGAGAACGAUUAAUUUCCUGUUUUAAGUUGUUAGAGAGGAACAGACAAACUACACUGAUAUGUCACUAGCCUAUAAUGCAUUUGACUGUAUUCUGUUUUGUAAAAGGGUCAAGCCUGUGUUUAUACGGUGAAUGCUAUGCUAUGCCCUGUUUGGUCUGGUCUUAGUACUUCUUGAUACUGGUAAAGCACACGCAGUAUUAGAACGUAGAAUAAAUACUGUAUGUAACCACCA